CUUUGUUUAAAUCAUUUCAACUUUAUCAAUGGGCUACCAUCGUCGUUAUAACUAGCCUUCAAAUAAAGCGAACAUAUUAGGUAUCAUAACAAAUAGCCGUACUGUAGUAUAUAAUAUGCCUAUUUAGCCUGUACUUUACCCCUACACUCUGUUUUUUCUUGCUUUUUUCUUAUUUUUCUUCUUUAAAUCAAGGGUUGUUUUGUACAUCACUACCUUGAUACCAAUAACACGCGAUGGAGGAGGGAAGCAAUGGGUCUGACAGCUGGACAUCAGCACUUACUGCCCUGGCUAACAGCAAGCGGACGAGCUCGCCGCCACAGCUGAUUGUCGACGAAAGGCCUGCGACACAAGUCACUGCCACCUCGCCAACAAGUAGAGCGCGCAUGAACAGAGGCGGAGCGGUAUCCAAUCGCACCCUGUGGCAGCCAUUUGAUUGUGGGUAUGAGCGCUGCGAGGCCGCUGCUGUAAAGCAUGAGCAGAAGCCAUCUCGGCCACCCAUCAAGGUGCUUGCUCGCCCAUCGCAGUCAGAUACAAAAAAGGGACAACUCCCUGCUGGUGGCGAGCAAUCGGCGGCCACUACUAGUCAGCAGCAGGCUGAGUCGCUCAUCGAGAAGCAACGCGAGUAUGAGAAGAUACGGCGUGAGAUUUUUGGAUUGUAGAGCGGGUACAUUACGCACAACCAACACGAUAUAUGCUCCAGUUAGUGGCCAGUUAUAAUAAUGUUUUUCAAUUCGGAAAUAUGAUCAGAAUAGAUAAAAGAAUUUAAUACCCUUUCACUGAAGAAAAUAAUAAGACUACAAAUAUCUAGAAAAAUUCAAAUAUCCUGCAAAUCAACAUCCUUUCCACAGAUUGCAUAGCAGCCUAACACAUGUUUAGAAACUAGAGGCAA